UCACCCGAUUCUUGGAUUGUUGUUUUAUACUGUGUCAAUAAAAUUUGUCCUAAUUUCAGUAAAAAAUAUAUCACCCUAUGGAGUAGUUUUCCCAGUGCGUCGUUUAAGGUGGUUCUGCAUGAAUUCAUAAUUAAGCCACGUCAAUGUUAAACGAAGUGACGUCCGCUUUAUUUAGUGUUAUCAAACAACGAUUUUAAAACAUGUCAGCCAGCACUUCAGACGAAGUGAAGGGACCCACCGGAAACGGCGGCGACGGUCCCAGUACCAAAGAAGAUGACAAAAAGGAGGAAAAUUUACUUGAGUGUAAUAUUUGCUUGGAUACCGCCAAGGAUCCGGUCGUCAGUUUAUGUGGUCACUUGUUUUGCUGGCCUUGUUUACAUCAAUGGCUAGAGACGAGACCAAACCGACAAGUUUGUCCAGUUUGUAAAGCCGCGAUAAGCAAAGAAAAAGUUGUACCAUUGUAUGGUAGAGGCAGCACGAAACAAGAAGAUCCGCGAGAGAAAGUUCCUCCAAGACCUGCAGGCCAAAGAAGCGAGCCUGAACCAGGAACCAACUUCCCAGGUUUUGGGUUUGGCGAUAAUGGAUUUCAUAUGUCGUUUGGAAUUGGCGCCUUUCCAUUUGGAUUUUUUACUUCAACAUUUAAUAUAGGUGAACCCAGACCUCCGGCAGCACCGCAUGGUAGUCCGCAGUAUCUAGAAGAGCAGUUCCUAUCAAAAAUUUUCCUGUGGCUAGCAAUUCUCUUUAUCGGAUGGUUAUUGUAUGCUUAAGGUGGUAAUUCAUAGCAUUGAACAUCAUCAGCCUUAACAAGAAUUAAAGAAUUACCAAACUCAUUAAAAUAGGAAACGAGAUUUUAAUAUAACUUUGUGAUGGGCUGGGCUUAAGAGGAAAUUGUUGAAGUAAAACCGAUAUAUAUAUAUAUAUAUA